AUGGAAAGAUAUCUCGGCAGCGGCCCAAGCCGAACUUCUGCGGGCGAUACCCGAUCAAUGGAGAAUCGACCCCAAUACUCCGGCCAAUCUAAUAUUUCUCGCAUUCCUCUCACCUGCGGAGUCUUAAGUAAACGACAGAUCGCUAUAACGGAGCUCACUGUAUCAGAACUCCAACAUCGUAUCAGGUCUCGCACGUUGAAGGCGACCGAAAUCUUGGAGGCAUUUGCUGCCAGGGCUGCCAUCGCUCAUCAACUAGUCAAUUGUCUUACUGAUUGGUUCUAUGAAGAAGGCCUCCAUUGCGCUAAAGAACUCGACGGAAAGCUUGAAAGCGGUGGUGAACCUAUUGGACCUCUACAUGGUAUUCCUGUUGCUCUCAAGGAUACGUACGGUCUUAAAGGUCAUGUUACGACACGAGGCUACAUCAUCGGUAAGGGUGUAGUAUAUGAUCACACUUCCGACAUCGUCGAAACCCUGAGAUCGGCGGGUGCCGUCUUCUUCUGCAGAACUACCAUGCCCCAGACGGGAUUCAUCCUAGAGACCACAAGCAACCUAUGGGGUCGAACAUUGAAUCCAUUCAAUAACCUCCUAGGUGCCGGCGGCAGCUCUGGAGGAGACGCUGCGCUGGUUGCGAUGAGAGGAGCUCCUAUUGCGCUUCCGUCGGAUAUCGGCGGCUCCAUCCGCGCGCCAGCCGCUUUCUGUGGUCUCUAUGCUAUUCGCCCGACAUCUCAGCGUAUCCCUAAAGGAAAUUGGGCCGGCACUAUGACGGGCCAGGUGACUGUCAGGGACUCUGCAGGACCUAUUUGUUACUCUAUCGACGACGUUCGGCUAUUCACCGAGAUAAUCGGCUCCCAUCAAGCUCAACAUCGAUAUGAUACAAAUUCAGUUCCUCUUCCAUGGAGAAAGGUUUCUUUGCCUCAGAAGCUUGCAGUUGGUAUUAUGAAGUGGGACGGAGUGGUGAUGCCACAACCUCCUGUGCUUAGAGCCAUUGAACAUACCAAGAAUGUCCUCUUGAGCGCCGGUUUUGAAGGUGUGCUCUCCAUGAAACUUAUGUCUGUUUCAAUGCGCUCAUAUAUAAUAGUGGUUGAUUUUAGCCCGCCUGUCGAUUGCUGGGAGCUAGCCAAGUGUUACUACGAUCUGAUCUUCCAAGACGGUGCCGCAGAUACAUUGGCAAAGGUAGCCAUAUCUGGAGAGCCCCUAGUCCCAGCCUUUGCCGACCUGUUGAAGGUAUUCCAUGCGAGGGCACUCGCAGCUACUGAAGUGUUGAAGCUCAACCUUCAGACAAGAGCCUACAAAACAAUCUUCGCUCAGGCCUGGGAUAGGACUAAGGACAUAACCUCAACCGGACGUCCCAUGGACGCACUCAUCUGUCCAUGUUCCCCCUCAGCUGGUAUCCCACAUGAUUUCAACGUAUGGUGGGGAUACACUAGCAUGUGGAAUCUUUUGGAUUAUCCCUCUACUGUUGUUCCUGUUGCCAACUUCAAGAUCAGUCCGGAGCGUGAUCCACCAAGCACAUCCUACAAGCCUUUGACGUCAAACCCGUAUGACAAGACGAACCACGAAAUGUACGACCCAAACCUUUUCGUCAACCAGCCAAGCACUAUUCAGGUUGUUGGAAGGCCGUUUGAUGACGAAGAACUUAUUGAAGUCAGCGUUACAAUUGACACAGAGCUUCGUGAACAUGUUGCUACCGGGCAGCAACUAACCAAGGCAAAUUCUCUAUCAAAACUGUAA